GUGAAAAAAGUUUUUCUCAUCUCAGUCCUAAAAGUAUUUCCCCCUUAUCCUUAAGCUGUGACCCCUUGUCCUGAACUUCCCCAACAUCGUGAACAAUCUUCCUGCAUUUAGCCUGUCCAACCCCUUUUUGUACGUUUCUAUAAGAUCCCCCCUCAAUCUCCUAAAUUCUUGCGAGUACAAGCCGAGUCUAUCCAGUCUUUCUUCAUAUGAAAGUCCUGAUAUCCCAGGAAUCAGUCUGGUGAACCUUCUCUGUACUCCCUCUAUGGCAAUAAUGUCCUUCCUCAGAUUUGGAGACCAAAACUGUACACAAUAUCCCCUGACUGCUAUUUUUAAGAGCCCUAUCUAGCUCUCUCUUUAAAGCAUCCAUAGAACCCGCCUCCACCGCCCUCUGAGGCAGAGAAUUCUACAAACUCACCACUCUAUGUGAGAAAAAGUUUCCUUGUCUCCGUUCUAAAUGGAUUGGUACGCUUUAAUUCACCUUCCUUCCUUCUCACUAGUAGGAUUACAUUAGAGUCAUAGAGCAUGGGAACAAACCCUUUGGCCAACUCAUCCGUGUGGAUCAAGCUACAUGUUAAAGAUAUCUGCUUCUGUUUAACGUGUAUCCGCCCCCCAACCUUCCCUAUCCCUGUUUCUGUCGAAAUUAAUCUUUUUUUGUCAGUUAAUUCCUUAUACAUACACCCAAGAGUCACCCAAUUUACAAUGUCAUAAUCCUUAAUUUUAAGCAAUUUGUAAGGAUUUAGGAAAUUGGCACAGUUUGCCUUGAGGCAAAGGCAAACCAGGACAACUUCUCUAGUCUAUCCACAUAACUAUGUUCUUGUUGACUUGUGAAAAUAGUUUAAUCUUCACACCCAGGACACUCCCCAUCAUGCUGUGCAGCAUUAAUUCAUACUAAAUGGGAUAGGUUCAAAACAUAUCUCAAAAGUGUGCAUCCUCAGCAACAGAAAUGGCUACCACCACAAUCUCAUCGUCAACCAUAUCACUCAAUGUACUAUGACAUCAAGCCUUUAACUAAUCCAAAAUUAACCCAGGUUUGAUGAGUAGUGCAGAGAGUGGUUUUGGAAGGGCACCAAGCACAUCGAAAUUUCUGCAGGUGUAUAGGACCAGCUGCAUGUUAUAAAGCACAAGGCAGAACUAAGUGAUCUCACAAUUAACAUGCUCAAUUGCUGUAAUAAUACGAUUGCUUGAACCAAGACAGGGAACAAAAAGAAAGCUGAAGCUUUUAUAACCAUGUCCAACCAAAAUGGAUGACUCUAGACUGAAUAAUUCAUGUGGAGUCCAGAACAAGUCGUGCCUCAAGCCAGGCUGCCCCAGUACAAUUACAGCACAGACGUUUACCCGACAAUGUGGAUUCACAAAACCAACAGAGCUAGUUGACACCCAAUAACCUUGCUGUCAGUUAUCAACCGUAUUCACAUGAUGCUGACAGUGUAUUCAAGCUGCAUUUACUCAUCUGUAACAUACUGCUGCCCAGUUUGGGUUCCACCAGGACCAGCCUUGGUCCAAACAUGGACUAAAAAGCUGAAAACAGAGUGGUUUGUGGAUGAACUCUCAACAGCUGACGAGGCGGAGAAGCUGACUGCACUGAAGUUCCGCGGAGACCUGGCAUUCAAGCGUCAGGAUUAUCAGAAAGCAUUACGAGAAUACACCAGUAGCCUGGCUCUUGUUCCAGACACAAACAUAGCUCUCAGAAGAGACAUGCAGGAGGCUCAAGCUCGUUGUCUAAGUUAUCUUGGCAGAGGAAAAGAUGCCUUGGAUAUAGCACAAAAAUUGAGAUCGAUGGUAACGAACACUGAUCACCUCACCACGGUUCUUAAUCUCAAUGUUCAAAUUUAUCGGAAUGCUGGAAAUCUGACCCAGGAACUUUGCUGUUUACAACAGUUAAUUUCCUUGCACCCCCUCAACCCGUGGAACUGGAAGAAACUAGCUGAAGUUUACCUAGGUCUCAAUCAAGCGUUAUCGUCUUUAACAGCACCAUCUGUCCCAGACUGCAAGGACAGGCACGGCUUCAAAACAUCACAGCAGUCAGCAAGAGAGACGGAAACCUGUAAAAUUGAACAAGGCAAUGCACAGCAUCAAGAUGUGAGCAAAAGAUCUCCCAUGUCUGUGGUUUGUGAACAGGAGUCAGUCCGUCCUGCAAGUGAGUCCACAGAGAAGAUUUCAGUUCUGACGUUGACAAGCUGUCGAAAGCAACCAUUUGAAUCAGGAAAUGUUCCAUUUUCCUAUUCAACUGUCGGGAAUAACAUUGAAAUCAAGUCCACAACUGGAGGAGACCUGGGGCAUUUUGCAUGUUCCUCCUUUGUCAGAACAAGGCUUCUAUUGCAGGUGAUGAAGUCUCAGCAGUCGUCAUUUGCUCUGGAGAGGAACCAGGCUAUGCAAGAAGAGAUCAGUCAGCAACUCAGCUGCCUAAAUAUAAAUGAAGAGGUGCUUGAUGCUCUAAACAAGGCAAUGGGGAAGGACCUUUUGUCAGACAGAAUCAAAAAUGGUGCUGAAACUGAAAAGUGUGCAGUUUUUCCCAAUUCAUCAGCUCUGGCCAACUUUACCAUUGAGUCAGGCUCGGACUUUGAGAAGAAAUGGUUUAAGAAGCCCGACUGCAGAUCGAUAUCACAGGCAUCAUAGGGCGGAGAGGAGAAAGAUCUUUGGAUAUUGCAAAUGGGCUCCCAUCAUUGCUAAAGAGAGUGGAAAAUAAUCUCUGUUUAUCAUGGACAUUUAAAGAACUAUGUUGCCGAGAGUACGUUGAGUGAACAGCAGAGUCAGAAAAGUAAAAUACAAAACAGAAACACACACCUGUGGUGGAUUGAUCAUGUGCUUCACAAUCUUGCUGAAGAACGGCCUCGUGUAGACGAGGCGAAAGAUAAAAACUGAUUUGUACUUUACCUCAGCAGAGCACACUGAUAUACACACUAUGCUCACUUGUGUCUCAUCAGUGAUACCGCUGCCACAUUCUGUAAUCACUAAUAUAACUCAGUGGCCAACAGUGUGAAUAGCAAUGUUCUUGUCCUGUGAUUUCAACUUUUAUAUUUAAGAUGCUCUGAAA